UUUAAUUGUGCAGCUUGGAAGUUGCACCUUUCACCAUUUCGCCUAGUUGCAGAGGGUGGCCGGAGAUCCCACGGCACCUUUCAUGAUCUUCAAAGAAGAAACAUGCAGUCCAACACAGAAGCAGUUUGCAGAUGCAUGAAAGAGAGGCUUAAAGAUGUAGUAGUGGCUACAACCCAAAAUGACCGACAUUGUAUAUUCAAAGUUCACGACCAAUUACGCAACGUAAAUGAAAAGUGUUACCUACCAGAGAUUAUGUCCAUUGGACCUUAUCAUCAUGGCCAGCAAAGCCUCCAAUGGAUAGAGCCACACAAAUUGCGUUCCAUGAACUCACUUCUUCAAUGGAAGAGAGUCUCCUUAGAAAAACUCGUAAACGCCGUAAUGGAGCACGAGAGCCACCUGCGGGAGUACUAUGCAGAAACCAUAAACCUCGACCAAGUAAAGUUCACCGAGAUGGUUGUCCUAGAUGGUUGCUUUGUAAUAGAAUUGGUCCGCAAAUUCAAUAUGGCCGAGCUGAGAGACAAAGAUGACCCAAUUUUCAAGAUGGAUUGGGUAUUGAGUAGCUUGCAACGUGACUUAAUUCUGUUCGAGAAUCAGCUCCCUUUUUCGAUUUUGUGCAAGUUGUUUGACUUGAUUGAGGCCCCCAACCAACACGACAGGCUAAUUUACCUCCUCUGUGGCUUUGUAAGUGAUUUAUUCCCGGGUUUUGGAUAUGGCCAUGGCCAGAAAACAAAUCAAAUAAUAUCAGGUGAUGAAAACGUUAAGCAUUUACUUGAAUUGAUCCACAAAUGGUGGAUGCCAAUCAUGCCACCACGGCCCGAGCCGGGUAGAGAACAAAGACAAAGACAAAGGUCGUUCUGUUCUGCUUCACAGCUAACAGAGAACGGAGUGAAGCUCCGAAGAAGCGAAAUGCCAAAACAAAUCAGCCAAUUCAACAUAGAAUUCAAACGUGGGGUUUUGUGGAUUCCAACGUUAACAAUCGAGGACAGGACGGAGUGUGUGUUGAGGAAUCUCAUGGCGUACGAGCAGUACUCCAAGGAUCUUCCCCAGUACUUUGUCACAAACUACGUCAAGUUCUUUAGUGGCCUCAUUGAUUCCCCCAGAGACGUGGAGAUUCUCCGGCGUUAUGGUGUCAUAGACAAUUGGCUGGGAGGCAGUGAAGAGGUGUACAACAUGUUUAGAAUGAUAAACAAGUCGACCACAUAUCCUAAGACGUGGUCCUGUUACGAUGUCCUGUGUGAAAGAGUGAAUGCCCACUGCAAUACAAGUCUCAAAGGACGGAUUGCCCGAUUGCGACGAAAUUGUGUUUUUACUACCCUCGUCACGGAAAGUGUUAUAUCCAUUUGACCGCUUUUUUUUUUUUUUUUAAAAAUAAAAUGUAAUAUUUAUUAAAUAUUAAAAUUUUUCCUUUAACACUGACAUUUGUGGUUUAUCUCCCUAUUUUAGAGUUCAAGUCCUUCACAUAACCA